AUGGCGUCGACCGUCACCACUUCCUACCUGCUCGGCAACUUGCACUGCCCGUCGUGCGUCGCGCUGAUCAAGAGCCUUCUGCAAGACGAGUAUGGUGACAAGGUGCUGUGGGUUUCACCCAACGUGGUGACUUCCGUGGUCACGGUAGAACACGAAGAUGCGUCAGCCGACUUCAUCCGCCGCAUGGGCAAGACGCUCGAGGAUGUCGGCUUCGAUAUAUGUGCCGUCGACACCACUGCCAGCGUCGCGAGCGAUGUUGACAGCCUCUCCCAAGCCGAACAAGGAGAGGGCAGCAGAAGCAUGCCCCAUCAGAGCUACGGCACUUUUGAUAUAUGGUCUCGCCUUUGGCGGAAUAGGACGCCGCCAGUCGAAUCACACGCAUCGAAAGCUGCUGCGCACCUGGAGAACUGCGAAUCUUGCAAGGACGCCGCGGCACACGACCAAGACCACCUAUCCGAAGACCGAGUGAACCUUGUUCGGAACCUCUCCUUUGCGUCCAGCAUGCAGAAGCCCAGUGCCACCGCAUUUGAGGGCGUUGUCGUCGGCGACGAUGAGGCGCAGACCCCUCGACUGCGAGCCACCAUCUCUGUGGGCGGCAUGACGUGCGCCGUCUGCGUCAACACAAUUACCGAUGAGAUUCAGAAACACCCUUGGGUUUCCAAGGUUGUCGUCAAUCUUGUUUCGAACAGCGCCACCGUCGAGUUCACAGAUCCGAACCGUACGCAGGACAUCAUCGAAGCGAUCAGCGACCUCGGCUACGACGCCGUCCUCGAUUCCGUGGUUGAUCUCAACGAGCAGAAGCAGGCAGUCGAUUCUCGAGAGGUGGAAGUCAAGGUCGACGGCAUAUUCUGCCCUCGCUGCCCCGAUCGCAUUUCACAGACGUUGAGAAACCUCGGCAAGUCGCGAAUCGAAAUCCUCAGCGAAGCGUCGAUGCAGACACCCAGGAUCAAGAUUCGCUACAUCCCGAACGUCCCAACUUUCACCAUUCGGCAUAUCCUCCAGGCCAUCGAGGCCACAGACCCUUCCCUUCGAGCAUCUAUAUAUCACCCGCCCACGCUUGAGGAACGGUCCAGGGCGAUCCGAGCUCAGCAUCAGCGAACCCUGCUGUACCGGGAGAUCCUGACCAUUAUCAUGGCAAUUCCCUCCUUUGUCCUGGGAAUCGUGUACAUGAGCCUAGUGCCUGAUACGAACCACACCAAGCACUACUUGAUGAAGCCCUGGGUCUCAGGACUCAGUCGCCUCGAAAUCAUUCUGUUCGCACUCGCGACCCCUGUCUACUUCUUCGCCGCCGACGUAUUCCACGUACGAGCCGUCAAGGAGCUGCGGACUUUGUGGAGAGGUAACAGCCGCACGCCCCUCCUCGAGCGCUUUUACAAAUUCGGAAGCAUGAACAUGCUCAUUUCCCUCGGAACAAGCAUCGCGUACAUUUCCUCUGUGGCGCAGAUGAUUGCAGCGGCCGUUGCAAAGGAGAAGAAGGCCCCCGAAGGUAGCUUUUACUUUGACUCUGUCGUCUUCCUCACACUCUUCCUCCUUGCGGGCAGGUUGAUCGAGGGGUACAGCAAGUCCAAGACGGGAAGUGCUGUCGAGGCGUUGGCCAAGCUUCGGCCCAGCACAGCUAUCCUCAUCGACCAGGCCGCCGCCAAGGGAGAUUCGACAACCAAGACGGUUGACGUCGACCAGCUGGAACAUGGAGAUCUUAUCCGGAUUCCUCACGGAGCAUCUCCCGCCGCAGAUGCAGUCAUAAUGACUGGCGAGACCAUAUUCGAUGAAUCGAGUCUUACUGGCGAGUCGCGACCGAUCAAGAAGGCCGCGGGAGAGCAAGUUUUUGCCGGCACGAUCAACAAAGGGGACGCUAUUACGGCGCGCAUCACGGGUACCUCUGGAAAAUCAAUGCUCGACCAAAUCGUCGAAGUGGUUCGUGAGGGGCAGACGAGGCGAGCCCCCGUGGAGCAGAUUGCAGAUCUCAUGACAUCUUAUUUUGUCCCUGUCAUCACCCUCGUGGCAAUCAUCACUUGGGUCGUGUGGAUGAUACUCGCCUUUACCGGCAAAGUCUCCGACGCCGAGCUCGACAACUCUGGUGGCAAGGCAGCAUUCGCCUUCCAGUUCGCCAUCGCCGUCUUUGUGGUCGCCUGCCCCUGUGGCCUGGCCCUUGCGGCACCUACAGCCAUCUUCGUAGGAGGUGGCAUCGCGGCAAAGCACGGAAUCCUCGCCAAGGGCGGCGGCGAGGCGUUUGAGAAGGCUAGCAAGAUUGACUGCGUGGUCUUUGACAAGACUGGAACUCUAACGAUGGGCGGUGAGCCCCAAAUCACCGACACGACUAUCUUCCCUGACGGCGCGAUUGAGGGCGUCGACGAGCAGACCCUCUUGUCAGGCCUCAAGGCUGUCGAAGAAAACAGCAGCCAUCCGAUCGCCAAGGCCAUCGUGGGCUUCUGUGGUGAGAAGAAGGUGGCGUCGGAGCUGGGGCAAGUUGAGGAAAUCCCAGGCAAGGGAAUGAAGGCGUCGUAUCAGAACAAGGAGCUCGACAUCGCUGUUGGCAACGAGCACCUGAUGCGCGACCUCUCGGCUUCACUUUCACAUCACGUCACCAAUCUUCUCCAGGGCUGGAAGGCCGAAGCCAAGUCGGUCGCCCUUGUCGCCAUGAAGCAUCGCCAGGACUCAUCGUGGAGGAUCGCAGCGGCCUUGUCCAUCUCGGACCCCAUCCGCCCAGAGACGACGGCGGUCAUCCAGGCGCUGCAGGCGAGGGGAACCCAAGUAUGGAUGCUGUCGGGCGACAACGUCACGACGGCAAAGGCUGUGGCUCAGCGCGUUGGCAUCCCAUCGUCCAACGUUCUCGCAGAGGUGCUGCCUUCGGAAAAGGCGGCCAAGAUCACCUAUCUCCAGGCAACACUGCACGCCAGUCGUUCCCGCUCCAUCCGUCGGCGCCGUCACGACUACACCACCCGUCGCGCCAUGGUGGCAAUGGUCGGGGACGGCAUCAACGACUCUCCGGCUCUGACCACGGCGGACAUUGGCAUCGCCAUCGGGUCGGGCAGCGACGUGGCCAUCUCGAGCGCCGACUUUGUCCUCGCAACAUCGAGUCUUCCCGCGGUGCUUACACUGCUCGACCUCAGCCGCACGGUGUUCCGCCGCAUCAAGACCAACUUUGGCUGGGCCGUCAUCUACAACUUGCUGGCCGUGCCCAUUGCCGCCGGGUGCUUGUACGCCGUGCGCACGGGUUCGGGCGCCCACGUCCGUCUCGACCCGGUGUGGGCGGCCCUGGCGAUGGCGCUGUCGAGCAUCAGCGUCGUCGUCAGCAGCCUGUGCUUGAGGUUGAGGGUGCCGUGGAUCGGGUUUCGGCACACCCCCAUCGCUGCGGUCGAGGAGCGGGCGUAA